CGGCCAUCUUUACGUUGAGUUAUAAUAUGAGUGUGAUAUCAAUUGAGUAACAUACAUUCUUAAUAUUGAAACACAUUAGUAAAAAACUGUCGAAAUAUAGUGAUAACAGGGGCUGUAUCGGCAAGUGAAAGGAAUUACAGAAUGGAAGGGGACGACAAACCACGGGGCUUUAGGUGCAAGAUGAUGUUUGAUGAUUUAGACACUAGAAGAUCUGACACCGGAUAUGAACCCGAUUUAAAGGAAAUGGGUGUGGUAACUCUCUCCAUGCCAGAUGCUUCAGUUGUGAACCCGGUUCAACCAGUCGUUGUGGAAGCGGUAGACUUACAAGGAUCAGGGCUAUUGAUGUCCUUGUCGGGUAGAACAGAAAAGAUUAUUGCUGACUCUAAAAAAGAACCACAUCAAACAAAUUGCACCGGGAAAGAAACCACUGCAGUAAGACCCACAGCCCCCGGGAAAGACGCCACUGCAGUAAGACCCACAGCCACAGGGAAAGAAACCACUGCAGUAAGACCCACAGCCACCGGGAAAGAAACCACUGCAGUAAGACCCACAGCCACCGGGAAAGAAACCACUGCAGUAAGACCCACAGCCACCGGGAAAGAAACCACUGCAGUAAGACCCACAGCCACCGGGAAAGACGCCACUGCAGUAAGACCCACAGCCACCGGGAAAGACGCCGCUGCAGUAAGACCCACAGCCACCGGGAAAGAAACCACUGCAGUAAGACCCACAGCCACCGGGAAAGACGCCGCUGCAGUAAGACCCACAGCCACCGGGAAAGAAACCACUGCAGUAAGACCCACAGCCACCGGGAAAGACGCCGCUGCAGUAAGACCCACAGCCACCGGGAAAGACGCCACUGCAGUAAGACCCACAGCCACCAGGAAAGACGCCGCUGCAGUAAGACCCACAGCCACCGGGAAAGAAACCACUGCAGUAAGACCCACAGCCACCGGGAAAGAAACCACUGCAGUAAGACCCACAGCCACCGGGAAAGACGCCGCUGCAGUAAGACCCACAGCCACCGGGAAAGAAACCACUGCAGUAAGACCCACAGCCACCGGGAAAGACACGGCUGCAGUAAGACCCACAGCCACCGGGAAAGAAACCACUGCAGUAAGACCCACAGCCACCGGGAAAGAAACCACUGCAGUAAGACCCACAGCCACCGGGAAAGACGCCGCUGCAGUAAGACCCACAGCCACCGGGAAAGACGCCGCUGCAGUAAGACCCACAGCCACCGGGAAAGAAACCACUGCAGUAAGACCCACAGCCACCGGGAAAGAAACCACUGCAGUAAGACCCACAGCCACCAGGAAAGAAACCACUGCAGUAAGACCCACAGCCACCGGGAAAGACGCCGCUGCAGUAAGACCCACAGCCACAGGGAAAGACGCUGCUGCAGUAAGGCCCACAGCCACCGGUGAAGACGCCGCUGCAGUUCAACCCCCUGUAGCUGGUGGAUACCCUGCUCUUGUUGGUGGAAAGCCUGCUAGUACAAACUACUUCAAUUACAUUGUUGUAAUUGUAUUUACUGCUUUUCUCCUGGUUGGCUGCGUGACAGGUGUGCCUGCUGUCAAAGGUAGUAAACCUGAUCUGCUGCUGAAAACUCCAACAUCUUCUGUCCUGCCUGCACCAAGACGUACAAAAUCAUUUAUUGAUUCCUUCCACAAUGAGAUCACUAUUAAUAAUGGACGCAGCCGUAAGCGACGGUCGGCCCACGAUUCAUCCAACAAGGAGAAUCCAAGAGCUUCACCACCGAUGCAAAUGAAUGACAAAGGAGAAAACCCCGUUUAUGUUCAAAAUGGCGCUGUGAUAAUGGCAUUAUUACCAAAGCACAAAAACGAUAUCUUUGAUGUGGCAGUAAACAAUGCAUUUGUCGCCAACUGCGUUUUUAAGUCAAAAUUAGCAGUAAUAGUAAAGCUGGAAUAUAUGGAACUGUACAGCAUAUUCCUCACACCAAGUGGAAUGUGUAUAUUCACCAUCUUCAACUUCAAUGGAACCCAGAUGGCUGUUAAGAUAUCCUCUACAAAGGGAUUUGAAAAAGCUAUCAUUGAUGGGAAAGCCUUCCCAUUUCACAUUGGCUCCGUCGGCUUGGAUUUUAUCCUGAGAGGGGAAAACCGAUGCUUCGUUGAAACUGACAAAUAUUCUGUGGCGGCAAAAGCCUUGGCUAUGAAAAAGAAUGAUACCAUAAAAGUACAUGUAAACGGCACAUUUGUCGCCAGUUGCAAUCUUCGGAAUAGAACAGCAAAAAUGAGAAAACCAGAAUUCAUGGAACUGUUCGGCAUAUCCAUCACACCAAGUGGAUGGUGCAUAUUUACCGUCUUCAACUUCAGUGGAACCCAGCAUCAGAUUAAUAUAUCCUCCACUUUAGCAUUGGCAGAAGUCUUCAUUGAAGAGAAAGCCUAUCCAGAAUGCAUGGGACCGUCCAACCUGGAUUUUACCCUGAAAGGGAAGGAUGAUCGUAAAAAAGAAGAAGGCAGUCAUGAUCUAGAAGACGAAAAGAAUAGCAGCAUUGGGGCAUCCCUGGGAGGGCUUUUUGGGAUGCUGCUGCUUGGAAUUGUGAUUGGAUUUGCCAUUGGAAUUGCGAUUGGUUACUUCAUCCGGAAAAGAGAUUGCUGCAAUUUACUCAGUCGAUUUUUGACGGGUAUUCGAACACAACAUGAUGGUGGAAAUCCAGCUGAAAGACAAGGAUUAGCGGGCAAUCGAAUGACAAAUGGUGUAAUAGAGCAAAAUGGUUUGGCCUAGACAAACCACAGAGGAGAGACAGUCAGCCCCGAACACAAUGAACGCUGAACUAGAUGAACGCUUCGUUUAGCAUCCACAACCUUCACUGAGCUUUGCUAACUGCACAAAGACAAUAUGGAACAAGUGAUUGCCUCACAGCAUCUGGCUUCAUCAGCACACCUUCUUUAUUUUUCAUGUUAUGAUAGGUCAUGUAGUUUGAAUGUCUUCAUGAUUUAUAUUGUUAUUGUGAACUUGUGCCCCUAAAGUGGGUUUAUUUUUGAAUGUUUAAUUAAUGGGCUUGUUUAUUUGGCUUUAACCUUUUUAAAUGUACAAGAAUUGAAAUAAUAGUAGAUAAGAUAAAUUCAUUUUUUAAGUGAAGAAAGGCGAUUUAGCUUUUUUUUGUAUUUACCAUUGUUUGAAAGUCAGUUAUUUAGUAAAGUACAUCGUGUUAAGAUCUUUGUGUUGAUCGAUGCUUAAACAUGUUAUAUAUUGUAAAUAAAGUGCUUGUACAAUUUUUAAGAAUUUAGCUUUAACCGUUUUAAAAUGAACAUGAAUUGAAAGAAAAUCAUAGUACACGUUAACAUUUAAAGAUAAAUUCAUUUUAAAGUGAACAAAAAGGCGAUUCAGAUUUUAUAGGUAUUUACCAUUGUUUGAAAGUCAGUCAUUUAGUUCAGUACAUCUUGUAAGGAUCUUUGUGUCGAACUAUGCAAAAACAUGUAAAUAAUUUGUAUUGCUUAUUGUAUAUACAGUGCUUGUACAAUUUUUUCUUUGAGGAAAUGUAUAUCAUGAAGAUAUUUAUACCUUAAAGCUGUUGUGCUGUAAAUAGGCGAAAUCUUUACCCUGAAGAAAGAUUGAUUUGAGGCCAUUUGGGUUCAAAGUAUUGGUUACCUCGAGCUAAAAAUCUGUUCAAUUAAUUACUGAAGAACGCUCGGACCACAUAUCUCAUGGCUUCAUAUACCCAACACAUCUCCCUUAUUGUUCAUGUUUUGAAAGGUCAUGUAAUAUUUAAAGUUUGUAUUCAUUCAGAACUAUGUGAUUCAUAUUAACCCAACACAGAAUAUUCCUUUUUGCAUGUUUUGAUAGGUCAUGUAGUUUGUUUGUAUUCAUUCAGAACUAUGUGAUCUAUAUUGUCUCAACACAGAACAUUCCUUUUUGAUGGUUUGAUAGGUCAUGUAGUUUGUUUGUAUUCAUUCAGAACUAUGUGAU